AUGCGAGUCAUUGCGUGCCUGUUCUGGCUGCAAUGCGUACUAGUAUACGCCAACGUCGAGAAGAUCAUCUUCCUUGCACCCUCUGCUGAACCUCCCCCAGCUGACGCCAGCAUCGACAACCUGCUGUUAGCACCUCUCUCUGAACAAUUUUCCAGCGUGCGCACGCAGGUCAACGCGAGCUUUCCAACCCCAGAUUCGCCCAAAGGCACCGAGAAUUGGUUUCUCCUCGAGGGCCUAGUUCCAGGCCGACGGUACGAAGUCCGCAUCUGCUGGUUGGCCACACAACCCACUUCCUUCUGGCUCUACACAUACAAGGUGGCGGAGGUUUUUGAGGACCCGGCCCUUUUGACCUCUCUGAGUGCAUAUGCCUAUGCUCGCCACGAACAACUCUGGGCGGAAGACAUCCAACGACUGCAGUCGCGGAAGGUCGACCGCAAUCUUGGGAGCACAGAGUCCACAUUUCUUUUCUUACAGGUCUUUGCUGCCGCAGACUAUUUUAGUCUCAAUCGGACGUUGAUGGACUCUGUGCCCCCUGUAGCGGUGGAUGUCAUCUUGGACCCUUGUUUGCUCAAUAUCCUGCCAAAGUCGUUACUUCCCACGGGGUUAUACCUGCUAGUCAUCGCAUGUGUGGCGUGGUUCGUUUCAGGCCGAGUGGUCCGCUUCAUCAGCAGUUUUAAUGCGACGGCGCAUGAAACAGCCAUUUCGAAGAAAUCAGACUAG